CUAUCCCACUAACUUGUGCGUUUUACUUUCGCCUGGGAAUUCAUCACAAAAUCGAACAUCGUUCCACAAGCUUACUAUAAAAACCGUUGGUUGCACAAGGGGAAGACGUCAGUUGUACAACUGUUUCGAAUCGCUUCACAGCUCCUACAACAUGAAGUGCAUUGUCUUCGCUGCCCUGCUCGCAGUUGUGGCUGCUGGAACUUACAAAGUCGCCGACUACGCUCCUAAAUACGCAGCGCCCGUCGAAGAAGACAAUUACGAGAAGCAACCCUACAGUUUUACAUGGGACGUCAAGGAUGAGGAAACUUACAACGACUUCGUUCAUUCCGAAAAGAGCGACGGUAAAGUGAUCAGUGGCUCGUAUCGCGUUGAACUGCCCGACGGUCGUACGCAGAUCGUCAACUACAGAGCGGAUGAGAAUGGCAACGUUGCUGACGUCAUCUACGAAGGCGAAGCGCAGUAUCCCGAUGAGAAAGAGUACAAAGCUGCCACUUACGAAGCUCCAGCUUACCCCGCACCGGCCUACAAAGCUCCGGCUUAUUCCGCACCGGCGUACAAGGCUCCAGCUUACCCCGCACCGGCCUACAAAGCUCCAGCUUACUCUGCACCAGCCUACAAAGCUCCGGCUUACUCUGCACCAGCCUACAAGGCACCCGCUUACUCCGCACCGGCCUACAAAGCUCCAGCUUACUCCGCUCCGGAAUACAAGGCUCCAUCUUACUCCGCUUCGGAAUACCAGGCUGCUGCCUCGUACGCUACACCGAUUUUCAGGUCCGCCUACAAAGCCCCGGCUUACCCAACGUACUCUGAAUAUUAAUCAUCUGUCUUCUAAUUCGUGGUCUAUCGUUGCCCAUAUUUAAUUUGAGCACAAGAGAAAUUAUUUAUACGGAAUAAUUUAUACGAUGCCAGGCAAAGCCACGACUGCCUGAUUUACAGAUGUACGUAUAUUGAUGUAUAAAUGCAAAUGUUAAAAAAAACAAAAUAACCAAAUAUCAGGCGUGUGUUCCCCCGUCAGAAUGUGACCGUCCAAGGUCUUAAGGUCUUCUUCACGCGUAUUGCUCCUCGAUUUUCUAAAUAUAAAGACGUGAAAAGUG